AUGAUCAACGUACAAACUCGCUUCUUUCAUCGCUUUAGUGACAUUGAUGCUAAAGAUCCCAAAAGGCCUUACAAAUGUCAUUUGUGUCCAUAUGCUGCUCACACAAGAAGUAAUCUAAAAAAUCAUAUAAAUGCGCACACAGGUGAACGUCCCUACAAAUGUCCAGUUUGUGGUAGAGGCUUUACACAAAAAGGAAACAUGCAAAAACAUCAGCAACAACAUGUUGAAAAAUUUCCUUUAGAUUGUACUCGAGUAUCACCUCAGGUUUAUGUCAUAAAGCACAACAAUUUUUCAAGUCACUUCAAAGGCUACGCUUGUAGUGAUUGCAAAUAUAUUGCUGCUUCAAGAAGUGUUUUACGAAUACACAUGCUUACUCAUACUGGUGAACGACCACACAAAUGCAAUAUGUGUGGGAAAACUUUCAGACAGAGUGGAACUAUGUAUAGGCAUCAAGAAUUCCACUGCAGACAGCGACUAGACACUUUUUUGAAACAUAAACACAAUUAG